CAUACCAAGGUUCAUGGAUAAUAGCCGUCCUCUCAAAUGAAGAACAGCUGGUCUGGAAAAGAUGAGAAAACAAACUAAGCUCACAAUUUAUCGAUAAUGACAAUUGUCAUGUACACGUCAUGCCAUGUAUUCGACUGAAGUCUCAAAGUAAUAUGCAACUAUCAAUUUUAUUGACUUUACAUGGAACUAUCUAGGAGGCAGCCGCUAGCCGCUAGCUAGCUAGCGAAUUCGCUAACAAGAUCGGGCAGGCCGCGGAAAGUCUUCGAGCUGGAGUAUCAAUUAACGGUUCGGUAUACCACGGAUACGGGCUCUGGGAUCGACUGAAACCCAGUGAGAUUGCCCGAUUUUUGAUGUUUGAAACUGGGAUUGAUAUGCUACUACUUGGUUAAAUGCGUGGGCUAUGAAGACACGGAAACUGGUUCCACACUUGUGAGACCAUCGAGUGUGAGACUCCUUCCCGUCUCUUCCUCCUCCUCUUCCUCUGGCAGAGGGGAGAGAUGGCAGCCUUACUACCUGCCCUGCUGAUGGCAUUGUUGUCAGCCUGGGUGCCCUGGAGCUGGGCAGGGGACUGUAAAGGCCACAGGCAGGUCUUCAGGGUGCCAGGAUAUGUCACAGACGGAAUGGGCAACUACUCUGUGAAUGGGAAUUGCGAAUGGCUCAUCAAGGCCCCUAGCAGUAGUUACAGUAUAGUUCUGAACUUCACCUUCAUGGAGACAGAGUGCACAUACGAUUACCUGUUUGUUUAUGAUGGAGACUCCUACAACAGCCCCUUGCUGGCCAGUCUCACUGGUACAACACUGCCACAGCCCAUAGAGGCAAAGUCUGGCAAGAUGCUGCUGCACCUCUUCAGCGAUGCCAACUACAACCUGCUGGGCUUCAAUGCCACCUACACCUUCUCGGAGUGCCCUGGCGCCUGCGGGGGCCAUGGCCGGUGCGACCAGGCCACGGCCCGCUGCAUGUGUCACCUUGGCUGGGAUGGGCCUAGCUGCCGCACCCCCGUCUGCUCCCUGGCCUGCGCGCUGCACGGCUCCUGUGACCCGACAGGGGAGCGGUGUCUCUGCACCUCCGGCUUCGUGGGACGCAGCUGCCAGCUGGGUCUCCGUGACGACAGUGGGGCAGGUCAGUGGUGGGAGGUGAGCGGGGGCGAUGACCAGAUGGCCCCCCGCACUGCUGCUGCCGGAGCGUACCUGCCCUCCGCUGGGGCCAUGUACCUGUUUGGAGGAUUUGAUCUGAACAAAGCUCUCGGGGACCUGGUGAAAUACAACUUUACUGACAACAAGUGGGAGAGAAGGUUGCAUGCGUUCAGUCCGGCGGCUCGUCACUCUCACACCGCUGUGGAGUGGCAGGGGAACAUGGUCAUUUUUGGGGGAGAGCUGGCCAAUGGCUCCCUGGCCAGUGACGUCUGGAUGUACCGACCCCUGAAGGACGAUUGGCUGCAGCUUGGCCAGUGGGACUCGCCGGGCGCGCCCAAACUGGCCAACCACGCCGCAGCUGUUGUGGACAACCAUCUGUAUAUCUUUGGGGGACGGACGGAAGAGGACAUGUUCUCCUCGUCGCUGAGUCGCUUCAACUUGAGCGGUCGCAUGUGGGAGGCGGUCCGGCCCUCUGGGGGCAAGCCGCCCUCCACGGCGGGACACUCCAUGGUGUUUCACGCUCCGUCCCGAAUGCUGCUGGUGUACGGGGGUCACCGGCCCACCACUGCCAGGUUCAGCGUGCGAGUCAACGCCACCGACGCCUUCCACGUGGACCGCCGGUUCUGGACCUCGUUCCGCUCCCGCUUCCCGACCAGCGGGCCCAGAGAGAGGGCCUUCCACUCGGCCACCAUCAUCGGGAACUACAUGGUGGUUUACGGCGGCAAUGUUCACAUCCACUACCAGGAGGAGAAGUGUUACGAUGAGGAGAUCUUCUUCUACCACCUGGGCUGUCACCAGUGGGUCACUGCAGGGGAGAGUCUCUUACACAGAGGCGAAAGGGUGAGGGGACGCUACUCCCACGUUGCCGCUGCGAUGGACGGGCGCGUGCUGCUGGUUGCCGGGGGUUACAGUGGGGUUGCCCGUGGAGACCUGGUCGCAUACAAGGUUCCGCUGUUUGUCAGCAGUGACCCAGGAGACCGGGAUGCAGUGUGUGCAGAGGCUCCGGAUGAGAGCUGGUGUCUGAGGAACCCGGAGUGCAGCUGGUGUGAGGGCCGGUGCCGGGAAUACCAGCCAGCCAAUCCCUGCGGCAGCACAGGCUGUCUGGGCCUCGCCAGGUUCCUGUCGGACUGUCAGUCCUGCCUGGUGUUCAGCGGGGCCCCCGGCUCGCUCCCCCGAGCCCCCGGAGAUUUCGGCUGGUGCGUGCAGAACGAGUCCUGCCUGCCCGUGUCAGAGCAGAGUGCCUGCCGUGUGGACCAGAUCUCAGGGGCGCACGGCUGGUGGGGGGAGCGCACGCGUUUCCUCACCUCCCUCCACUCCUGUCGCACUGAGAACUAUGUCCCGGGACUGCACCUGCUCACCUACCAGUACCCCCGCAAUGUGUCCCAGCCCGACAAGGUGUCCAUCCUGAGGAGCACGUCCAUCACGCUGAGUCCCUCCACGGAGACCAACGUCACCCUGCAGUUCCGCGGGUUUAUCCACCCCCUGUGGGGUGGCCCUCCGCCCGCACCCCCUCCCCAGGAGACGGUGUCCAUGUGGGCGCGCCUUCAGAGGCUGCACUUCAUCGCCCGCAUGGCCACAGGGCCCAACCUGCUGCAGCUGUCGGUGGUGGGACACUGGGCAGCCCAGCAGGAGAAGACCAGUCGCCUGCUGGCCAGGCCAGGAGGGGGCCGGCUGUUCCAGAACCUCACCCGGGGGAACCGGUACCUGGUGCAGGCCGAGGGCUACCUCAACAACUCCGAAUCGGGGCACACCUGCGAAAUGGCCCUCACCUGGAACAGGACCUCCAUCCCCGGGGGAAGCGAGAUCUCCUUCCUGUUCCUGGAGCCGUACCGCUCGGACUCCUGCACCGCGUACCGGUCCUGCCUGGCCUGCCUGUCGGACCAGUCCUGCGGCUGGUGCCCACCCCAGAACCGCUGCCUCGCCCGCGGGAACUCCUCUCUGGAGCCCUGCCUGGAAAGCCCCGGCAUGGAGGAGCGCCACCUGCUGCUUGCACCGCAGCACUGCAGCCUGUGCGAGGACUACAGGGACUGCGCCGCCUGCGCGCAGGACCCGUAUUGUCAGUGGCAGAUCAGCUCCAGCAAAAAGGGCGAUUACCAGUGCAGUCGCCGCGGGAGGCCGGGCGUGGCCAUCCGCAGCCCCGAGGGCUGCCCCAAAGUGUGCAACCGGAGGAGGACGUGCUCGGAGUGUCUGUCCAACUCCAGCCAGUGCGCCUGGUGUGAGUCCGCCCAGGCCUGCUUCUACUUCGCCGCCUACCUCACCAAAUACCCGUACGGCGAGUGUCGGGACUGGUAUGACAGCGUUCAUUCGGUGCCGCAGUGUAAGCAGUGUUCAGCCCUGUCCUCAUGCUCAGACUGCUUGCACACAUUCCAGUGUGGCUGGUGUGGGGACUACAACAACCCCACCAUUGGCAGGUGUCAGCGAGGGGACUGGGCGGGGCUCAGAGACUCGGCCUUCCCUAACUGCAGCAUGGCCGUGGCGGAAGCGCGCGCCUCCAGCCCUGAGCCCCAGACCUUGUCUCCGCCGCGGGUGACGGAGAUGGAGAUGGAGGUGGAGCACGUGGAGGGCGUGGUGGAGGGGGAGAAGGAGGCGGUGUGGUCUUACCCGUCCUGCCCGGACGUGGAGGAGUGCGUGCUGGGCCUGCACAGCUGCCACCCCUUCGCCUCCUGCGUCAACACACCCACGGCGUACGAGUGCCACUGCGAGCGGGGCUACACGGGCGACGGCGUGCUGCACUGCAACCAGACGUGUUAUAACGAGUGCCGGGAGGGCCAGUGCAGUGGUAGCCCCCGGUUCGAGUGCGAGUGUGCGCUGGGCUGGACCUCGGACCCCUCCACCAUGGUGCUGAGCGGGGUGGAGUGUGAUGUGGACUGCCGCUGCAACUUCCACAGCACCUGUAUCACUGCCCCGGGGCUCUGUGACCGCUGCCAAGACUGGACGACGGGGCCGCACUGUGAGCAGUGUCGGCCGGGCAGUUUCGGCACAGCGCUGGCCGAGGGUGGAGGCUGUCUGCCCUGUCAGUGCAACGGGCACGGGGACCCCCAGCAGGGCUACUGCCACAACCAGACCGGCCUCUGCUACUGCACGCACCACACUCAGGGGCCCCACUGCGACGCCUGCCUCCCCGGCUACUACGGAGACCCCAGGAAUAACGGCACCUGCUUCCGCCAAUGCCAGGGCCGCUCGGUCCUCCUGUCCUCCCCCGAGUCUGCGCCCCUGCCCCUCUCCGCCUCGCUGGGGUGGCGUGGGGGUGCAGGGGGGCAGGGCGGCCUGUCCCACUGCCUGUGGGUCCUGUCCGUGUCUGAAGACCUGGACGCCUGUUCCCCCGGGCAGCCGUGCCCACCCAUAGCGCUGACCCUGCACCCGGACUCGUAUACGCAGUGCACGGGCUCCUACGUCUACGUGUUUGACGGCCUCCCUCGUUUCCUUGCCAACGGUGUUGUGCACUCGGACCACAACCUGAUUGGUGCAUUUUGUGGGACCACUCGGACCCAGCCGGUUACCGUGGAAGCCACAUCAGGGGUAAUCUCUGUGUACUUUGAGGCCAACGUGUCCUCCGGCCUGCCCCAGGGCUUCAACGCCUCUUUUUGGGUGCGCCGCUGCCAGGAGGGGGCAGAGGAGGACCAGGACGGGGCGUCCCCCUGCCAGGGCCGGGCGCAGUGCCAGGGGGGGCUCUGCCAGUGUCCCCACGGUUUCGGAGGGCCGAACUGCGACAGAGCACUGUGCCCGGGGGAGUGCGGGGCCCCACAGGGCCGGGGCACCUGUGACAUGGCUCUGGGAGUGUGUGUGUGCUCCGAUGGUUGGGCUGGCUCAGACUGCUCUUCUGCAGUGGACUCCAGCAGCCUGGUGUGGGAGACUCUGCUGGACACACAGCUCACCAUGAACCAGGCUCACAGGUUCCUCCACAGGAUGGGACACUCCCUGGUUUCUGGCCCCCAGGGCACGCUCUGGAUGUAUGGGGGCCUGUCUCUCUCAGAAGGCAUUCUGGGAAAUGUCUACAGGUACUCUGUGUCGGAGAAACGCUGGACUCAGAUGCUGACCAGCUCGGUGGAUGAAGGCUCCGCCCCCAGCCCCCGCUACCAUCAUGCCUCUGCCCUCCUGGCCAAUCACGAUUCACAUUCAGGAUCCCAGGGCGCCUCCCACAACAUCAUGCUGGUGGUGGGCGGGGUUACCCAGAAGGGUGUUGCCAUGGAUACCUGGAGCCUCAAUCUGAGCAGCCUGGUGUGGAAAGAGUAUAAUAGCUCGCUGCUGCCCCCUGUGGCGGGACACACCCUCACAGUCCGCCGCGGGGCCACCGUGCUCCUGAUCGGAGGGUACUCCCCAGAGAACGGCUUCAACCACCACCUUCUGGAGUUCAGCCUGGAGUCCGGCAACUGGACCGUGGCCCAGCACACCGGGACGCCCCCUACAGGCCUGUACGGACACUCGGCCGUGUACCACGAGCAGACGGACGCCGUGUACGUGUUCGGGGGAUACCGCUUCCACGUGGAGACGGUGGAGCCAUCGGGGGAGCUCUACAGCCUGUACUACCCCAACCUCACCUGGUCACUGCUGGUCCCCUCCCAGGGGAAUAAGCCCCUGUCUCGUUUCUUCCAUGCGGCUGCCCUGCUGAGGGACACCAUGGUGAUCGUGGCAGGCAGGACUGGGGAGGAGGACUACAGCAACACUGUGUCUCUGUAUCAGAUCAACUGCAACACCUGGAUACAGCCAGCCUCCACAGUGGGGGAGCCGGUGAACAGGUCCGUGUCGCUGGCCAUGGCAGCCUGGCGGGGGCGGCUCUUCCUGACGGGGGGCUUUGACGGGGUUACGCUGGGGCGUCUGCUCACCCUCCGCCUGCCCCCUGACCCCUGCGCCCUGCUGCCCACCCCCGAGGCCUGCAACAGCACCACGGGCAGCUGCGUCUGGUGCAGGGGCGUCUGCGCCUUUUCGGACAUCGCUGAGAGGCUGGGCUGCCCUGCCAGCCAGUCCCCCUGCUCUCCCACCCCUCGCCUUUCAGACCAGUGCCGCAGACUCAAGACCUGCAGCGAAUGUCUCGCCCGACACCCCAAGACCCUGUCCAACCCCUCCCAGUCAGGCCUGCUGUGUAAAUGGUGCACUAACUGCCCGGAGGGAGCCUGCAUCAACAGCUCGGUCAGCUGCACGUCGGAGCACGACUGCCGCAUCAACCAGCGCGAGAUCUUCCUGUCCAGCAACUGCACCGAGACCAGCUGUGAGGCGUCCGACUGCCCCAAGUGCACCGCCUCUGGCAAGUGCAUGUGGACGCGGCAGUUCAAACGCACCGGCGAGACCCGACGUAUCCUCAGUGUGAACCCCACCUACGACUGGACCUGCUUCAGCUACGCCCUGCUCAACGUGUCCCCCAUGCAGGUGGAGUCGUCCCCCCCGCUGCCCUGCCCCGCUCCCUGCCACCACCUCGCCACCUGCAGCCUGUGCCUGGGCUCUAGGGGCUCCGACGGGGGCUGGCAGCACUGUGUGUGGAGCGUGGCUCUGCAGCAGUGUAUCAGUCCUUCCUUCGUGCCUCUGCGCUGUGAGGCGGGUCAGUGUGGGAGGCUGCUCUCCGGGGGGGACUCAUGCUCGCCCCAGUGUUCCCAGCUGACCCAGUGCUCCCAGUGCAUCGGCAGGCCGCAGUGUGGCUGGUGCGCCUCCCGCGGGGCCAACGGGGCCGGCCGCUGCCUGCAGGGCGGCCUGGACGGCGUGAGCGAUGGCGUUUGCUCUCUGUGGAACAGCAGCUGGUCUUUCCUGCACUGCCCCGAAGAGGACGAGUGCGCCAACGGGCACCACAACUGCAACAGCACGCAGGACUGCCACGACCUGCCCCAGGGCUACCACUGCACCUGCAGGCAGGGCUACGUGCUGAGCAGCGCGUCGGGGCAGUGUGAGCCCGUGUGUCUGCAGGGCUGCGUGAACGGGACCUGCGUCUCCCCCGGGGUGUGCCAGUGCCACUUCGGCUUCGUGGGGGAGAACUGCUCCUCGCAGUGCCGCUGCAACAAGCACAGCAACUGCGCCGGCGUGUCCAAGCCCGACGUCUGCCUGGAGUGCCACAACAACACCAUGGGUCAGCACUGUGAGAAGUGUAAGCCCCUGUUCGUGGGCUCCGCUGUAGGAGGGGGUACGUGCCAGCCCUGCCGGAAGUUCUGCCUGGGUAACAGUGUGGUGUGCCUGUCCCGGGAGGAGCACGCCAGGCACAUGGAGCACCCUGACGCCCACCCCCUGGAUCCUGACAAUAUCGUGCAGUGGGUGACGGAGGGCCCCACAGAGGAGAAUGCGGUGUGUGAGAGCUGCCAGAACAACAGCGUGGGAGACAAGUGUGACAGCUGCCUGAGCGGCUACUUCCUGCUGCAGGGGAAGUGUGAGAAGUGUCAGUGCAACGGGCACGCAGACACCUGCGACGUUCGCGACGGCACGGGCUGCCCCUGCCAGAACAACACAGAGACGUCAUCCUGCCUGAUCAGCCCGCAGAACGACAGGAAGGACUGCUACAGGCAGCAGUGCGCCAAGUGCAAAGACGCCUUCAACGGCACGCCCAUCAACGGGCGGCAGUGCUACCGGCAGUUCAACGUGGACACCGAGUGCUGCUUCGACCCCACGUCCCAGACCAACUGCUUCCACGAGCCCAACAUCCGCAACCUGCCCAAGGGCCGCACCGUCUUCUUCGCCGCCCAGCCCAAGUUCACCAACGUGGACAUCCGCGUCACCAUCGACGUCACCUUCGGCGAGGUGGAGGUGUACGUGUCCAACUCCCACGACACCUUCACGGUGGAGGUGGACCGCGACACGGGCGUGCACACCGUGCGCAUCGAGGACGAGGGAGCCAAGGGGGACAAGGAGGGGGACAAGAUGCCGCCCCCCUCGCCGAUGAAGGCCCCGGCGGCGAACUCGUCCGGCCUCUCCCCGGCCCUCCUCUCCCCGCUGCAGCUGCAGGGCCGGGGCCCGGGGCCCGAGAGGGAGAUCCGGCAGGAGAGGGCCGAGGGCCUCAUCACGUACAUCACGGUGUGGAGGCCCCAGACGGUGCUGAUCGUGCGGUCCGUCCGCGACCGCGUGGUCAUCACCUUCCCCCACGAGGUGCACUCGCUCAAGUCCAGCCGUUUCUACAUCGCCGUGCGGGGCGUGGGCACCGAGAGCGACCAGGGCCAGUCGCAGGGCCUGCUCUUCCUGCGGCAGGACCAGGCGCACAUCGACCUCUUCGUCUUCUUCUCCGUCUUCUUCUCCUGCUUCUUCCUCUUCCUGUCCGUCUGCGUGCUCCUCUGGAAGGUGAAGCAGUUCCUGGACUUCCGCCGCGAGCAGAGGCGCCACAUCCAGGAGAUGACCAAGAUGGCGUCGCGGCCGUUCGCCAAGCUGACGGUGUACCUGGAGCCCGAGGAGCCGCAGCUCAUCUACCUGCACUCCACCGGGGGCGCCGUCUCGCUGUCCCACGCCCGGCCCGGCAAGCUGGGCGGCGUGGUGGUGGGGCCCCGGGGCCGGCUGGGGGCCACCUCCUACAAGCACGACCCCGGCUCGGGCCCCACCGCCCACCACCACCACCACCUGUCCCUGGGCGGGGGCACCGCGGGCCAGCACCUGCCCAUCCACUACCUGAACACCCACUACACGCCCUCCUCGGUCAGCGCCCCCGCCUCGCACCACCACCACCCGUCCUCGCACAGCGGAUACCAGCACUUCUGCCGCUCCGACCCCUUCCUGUCGCAGCUCAUGGGCUUCUCCUACUCCUCCUUCAAGGUGGGGCCCAUCACCCUGGAGCCCACCGACGACGGCAUGGCCGGCGUGGCCACCGUGCUGAUCCAGCUGCCCGGCGGCAUCCUGGCGCCCAACCGCGCCUGCCUGGGCUCGGCCCUGGUCACCCUGCGCCAGAACCUGCAGGAGUACUGCGGCCACGGGGGCGGCGGGGCCCACCCGGGGGCCGGCGGGGGCCGCAAGGGCCUCCUGGGCCACCAGCACCUCACCACCAUGGCCAUGUGAGGGGCCCGGCUGGAGGGGCGCGGGGGGUCGC